AUGCGGGCCCCUUCCCCGGCUGCGCUGCCGGUGCUCGCCGCCGCGCUGGCCGGGCUCCUCUGCGGCCGCGCCGAGCCCCCCGCGCCCAAGGGAGCCGCUCGUCGGAAGCCAAAUUUCAUUAUCAUCCUGGCGGACGACCUGGGAUGGGGGGAUCUCGGGGCCAACUGGGCGGAGACGAAGGACACCCCGAAUUUGGACGAGCUGGCUGAGCAAGGCAUGAGGUUCGUGGACUUCCACUCGGCCGCGUCCACGUGCUCCCCGUCUCGCGCCUCUCUGCUCACCGGACGGCUCGGCGCUCGCAACGGGGUGACCCACAACUUCGCCAUCACCUCGCUCGGUGGCCUGCCGCUGAACGAGACGACGUUAGCCGAGGUCCUGCGGGAGGCUGGGUACAGCACAGGGGCUAUAGGCAAAUGGCACCUGGGACACCAUGGCCGCUAUCACCCCAACUUCCGCGGUUUUGACUACUACUUCGGGAUCCCCUAUAGCCAUGACAUGGGCUGCACGGACACCCCUGGCUACAACCUCCCGCCAUGUCCCGCCUGCCCUCGGCACGUCGCAGUGGCCAGCUAUGUGAAAAAAGACUGUUACACGGAUGUGGCUCUUCCUCUCUUUGAAAACAUCACUAUUGUCCAGCAGCCCGUCAACCUGACCAGCCUGACGGCACAGUACGCAGAAAAAGCAUUGCAGUUCAUCCAGCGUGCCAGCCGGGACGGUCGCCCCUUCUUCCUCUACGUGGCCUUGGCCCACAUGCACGUGCCGCUGGCGGCCCCGCGGCCCGGCUGCCCGGGCGAGGGCCCCUACGGAGCCGGCCUGAGGGACAUGGACGCCUUGGUGGGCAGGAUCAAGCGAGCGGCCGACGGCCGCGGGGAAGGCGCCACGCUCCUCUGGUUCACAGGCGACAACGGCCCCUGGGCUCAGAAGUGCGAGCUGGCCGGAGGCGUCGGGCCGUUUGCUGGUGCGUGGCAGCGCCAGCGAGGUGGGAGCUCAGCAAAGCAAACAACCUGGGAAGGAGGCCACCGGGUCCCGGCGCUGGCGUACUGGCCCGGCCGAAUCCCCGCCAACCGGACGAGCCGCGCCGUGUUGAGCACUAUGGACAUUUUCUCUACUCUGGUGGCCCUGGCUGAAGCUGAGCUUCCUCCAAACAGGCGCUUUGAUGGUUUGGACGUGUCUCCGGUUCUCUUUGGGCAGUCAGACAAAGGGCACAAGAUACUGCUUCACCCCAACAGUGGGGCAGCUGGGAAGGAUGGAGAGAUAGAGGCACUGCGACUGGCUCAGUACAAGGUGUUUUACACAACAGGAGGAGCAAAGGCUUGUGAUGGAAGCAUUGGGCCAGAAGAGCAUCACCAGCCUCCUCUCAUUUUCAAUCUGGAUCAUGAUAUCCAGGAGCAGGAGCCUUUGGACAUGGCAUCCAGAGAAUAUCAGGCAGUGUUACCUGCCGUCAGCAGAGCUUAUGCAGAAGCUCUUCAAGAUAUUGCAACAGACAAUGUCUCGGUUGCAGAUUACUCCCAGGACCCAGCAGCAAUCCCCUGCUGCGAUACCCAGCACGUGGCCUGCCGAUGCCAAGAUCACGGGUCUCCUGCAGCCUUGCUGAACCAUCACACCGAAGGAGCAACGCAGCUCUAUGUUUAAUCAAGUAAUUGCUCAAGCUGUUCCUUUUCUGAUUCUGGCUUAUGUUAACAGGACUGUCAUUCAACCUGGCUCCAGGCUUGAGGCUGGCCAUGGAGGACAGGGAUGGAGGUUGUAGUUCCCUUUGCUCCAUGCUAGGAAACAGCAUAGGUGAGUUAAGUGUCUGUAUGGGCAUGUGGAGAGGGUCCCCUUUCCUGCAGCUCAUCACAGACCAGGACUGUUCCUCGAGCAGACCUGUCCUGUGUUUCUGGAAGAGCAGGUCAUUACAGAACCUGGUGGUUCUGGGCUUGUAGAAAGACAGCAAAGUUUUGUAAAGCUUUUUAGCUGAGAAAGAGCCAGGACUUAAAUGAAAAUAACCUUCUCUGAGACCUGGCUUUUAGAGAGAAUUCCUCGGGGAAAUUCUCUUGCCUUUCCAUGAUAGAAAAUGACCCUUACAGAAGAGGGCCUAUGAGAGCACAAGCAAGGGAAGGAAGGGGCCCACAACCUCAGAACAAACAUCCCUUACUGGUGCUGAGACUCUGGAAGUCUGUUGUAGAGAGAGUAUUUCCUGCCUUUUCCGUGCCAGGACAAGGUGAGUGCUUUGGGAAAUGAAGCACCUGCUUCUCUAGCUGCUAAGUGAGUUUUUUUUCAGCAGGGGUGGCAUUAAAAACCAUAACUGCCUGUAAGAGAAAAAGGGGUUGGGGCUCGUAGUGACAGCUGCACUGUGUUUCCCCGGCCUCUUGCUAGGCAUGAUGCUUGGUUUGUGCUAAGGCUUUUCUGCACUGACCCGGCGGAGAUCAGAGAUUGUUCUGAGGUGACAACUAGCCAAGUCAUGGUGUUUUGAAAGGCUGUUUGGAAAUGUGCGGGAGAGAGGCGUGUGAUGCAGAACUGGGGUAACUCUUCCCUGUCACCUCUCUUUUGAAAGACCAACGAUAUAACUGCAUUUUGGGGAAAGUUGACUGGAGAGCGUCUGCCCCUAGAACUCCCAGCAAAUCAGGGCUGCAGGCAGAGCUGCAAAGGCAAAAAUCAAAGGUGCAGCUGUGACUUCGAAACAACCAGGAUUUCUCAGCAGCUGCAUGAGGGUUUUGUGAAACAGUUUGGACUCAGAUUUAGGCAACCAAAUCCUUUUCUUGGAUCUGUCUGUAAGUAGCUUGUCUAAAGCAAAGCAAGGUGUUAAAUGAGCAACAGGGAACUGGGAGUUGUAAUUAUGGACAGCUCUGACAAAAUUUAGAUGGGCUGCCCAACAGUUCACAAGUAAGUCUGGCCUGCAGCCUCCUCACCUCCCUUGCUGGCACCACAUGAAAGCAGCAAUGCUUUGCAGACUUGGCCAGGUUGCUGUGGUCCAGGUGCGGCAGAGAGCAGACUUCCUUUCACCAGGGCCCCAAACCCACUCUUCCACGAGCUAAAACUUAAUCAAGACUGACAUCUUUAGGGCCCCACAAAGAACAGCAAGAGCACAGGCAGCAAGCAGCCAGGGACAGACUGUGACUUUAUUCUCAGUCUUUAAACAUAGCAAAUUGCAUCUUCUCUAAUAUCACUGCAAAAAUACUUUGCCUGGGUAAAAUAGUAUCUAUAUACUGUACAAAGACUUAAGUUCAAUAUAUCUUCCUGUAAGUACAUUUAUACACAUAAAACAGCAUAAAUUAGAAAAGGGAAAGACACGUAUAUAAAAUUCUGGUUACAUACAAAUCUGAUUAAAUUAGCAUUUACAC